AUGCCACACCUCCCUGAGAGCCUCCCCAGAGACGGCGAGACGCCAGUCGUCUUUCCACCUAUCACCAGGGACCAUAUCCAAAAUUGUUCAUACGAAGCAUGGUUCCCUAAAUACCGGAGCUCAUGCCUAAAGUCGCGGAUAAUCCCUCUAUCGCCAGCGUUUAUAUCAUAUCUCCAUGAAGACGGCAUCAUCCUCGCAGACGACGACGAGGCCAAUGAGCCAGAGGAGGCAGAAUGGUCAAGCUCUGCCGCUACUCACCCCCGAAUCUCUCCAUACGACUCUUCCGACGAUGAGGACGAGGAAGAGGAGGAAAUACUUCCACCAAACAAGCGCUUCCCGGAGAUACACGAACUAAUUAAACAAAAAAUUGCCGAACUGGGCGGCUCUGUUGCGCCAAAGCUUAACUGGUCUUCUCCAAAGGAUGCCAAAUGGAUAUCACCGCACCAAAACACUCUCAAAUGCACAACCCCAAACGACAUUUAUCUUCUCUUGAAGUCGUCUUCUUUCAUCUCGCAUGAUCUUCUUCAUGCAUUCGAUGACUGCACAGAUGCUCCGCCAAUGAGACCGUUUACGCCGGUUCUUGUCCUUCGACCGUUCUUCACGCCUCAUGUUGCAUUGGAAUUCAGGUGUUUCGUCAAGCACCGAUCGCUCAUUGGAAUAACACAACGGGAUCUCAAUCACUAUGAUUUCCUGGAAAGGCUUCAGGGACAGCUGUGGAAGAAAAUUAGGACCUUCUUCCGACAGAAGCUGAGACUGACGUUUCCCGACUCUUCCUUUGUUUUUGACAUUUAUGUACCCGGAAACACCUUUGCUGAGGAUGGGCUUGGAAAGGUGAGACUCAUGGACAUCAACCCAUGGGCCCCAAGCACGGACAGCCUGCUGUUCUCGUGGGAGGAGCUUAUCACUAUGGAAGUUGAGAAUCCCUUGUACGGAUCUGUUUCUGAGGACCAGACGGCAGAUGGAAGUGGAGGGGAGACAACGGCAGAUGAGACGGAUGACGAUGCAGGUGCCGAGUAUAGCCCAGACCGGCAGCCAGAAGUCCGCAUCGUCAGGAAGAACGACCCAGAGGCAUACAACUUUAGCUCACCACAAUACUCUGCUCACAAGCUGCCUAAGGAGGUUGUCGAUGCCAGUCUUGCAGGAGAAGGGGGCCUGCGAGAGUUUGCGCAGCGAUGGAAGGAGAUUACUGAGGGCCGCGGCCAGGGAAUCUGGGAACAGCCUAGCAACAUCAAUGCUAGCACGUGA